AUGACCAACCCUUUGCGCAUGCUGAACUCUGCAGCACUAUCGAUGCUCGCCAGAAACAUCAGCCCGGGCAAAGAUUCGACCAUCAACAAGAAUCUCCGGAACAUUCCGCCGCAGGCUACCGCAGCCCUACUCCAGUACUUCAAUGCAUGCUGGGAGAAAGGGGAGCUGCCAGUUGAUUCGAAGCACUCGGCGAUCAUCAUGGUCUCCGAACCAAAUACACACGUCAGCAUCGAGAACUUGCGCCCAAUUCCCCUUACCUCGUGCGUAGGGAAACUUUUCGAACACAUGAAACAUAACUGGCUAACCUCAUACCUCCAGGACAACGGAUACUGUCGAAACACUGUGUUCGGUUUCAGGCAGAAGCUGUCAACGCAAGAUCUCUUCCUUCUACUCAAGGAAGACUUCAUCGACCACCUGAGUCCCAGAAGCAAAUAA